AUUUAAUAGCUUUUCAUGACUUUCAGGAGAGAUCAACAGGCUAAAAUAGAACUGGAGAGAGACUGGAGUGAUAAAUGGGAAGCUUAUAACAUCGACACAAUAUGUGCCCAUAUGCAGAAUACUUCUACUGAACAAAUUGCAUUCUAUACAGGACCACAAAAAAUACCUAAUAAGUGGUCAACACCUCAAGAAUGGAUAGAGUUCACUAGACACAGGUUAUUCAAUGCCAGAAAUGAAAUAAGGAUGACAUCUAUUUUACGUGACAAAAUCAACACACAUUUGCAAAAUGGCUACCAAGAUCUCAGGUGCCAAGCUGAUCUUGUUGAGUCAGUACUUGCACAAAGAAUAAAUGAAAUAAGUGACAGUCUCUAUCGACUGAAAAAGCACUUGCAGUUGGUUAUUUCAGAUAUUGCUGAAGCAGAAAAAACUAUAACCUUCUUAAAGACACAAAUAUUAGAAAAAGAAGCUCCUCUAAAGAAAGUACAAACUCGUCUCCAUAUGCGAAAUGAGCGUCCAAAUGUGGAACUGUGUGAAGAUAAGGCACAUACAGGCUUAAUUAUUGAAUGUCGUGAAUUGGCAGCAACGAUCCAAGCUCUCCAAGAGCAACUAGCCCGGGCUGAGGCAUCCUUAAGCAAUUUGCAAGAGACAAGAAGAGAUUUGGAAAGAGAAAUAGCGGUUAAAGAAAACACACUAAUGGUUGAUAAGAAUCGAGUUCAACCCUUGAGAAAAAAAUUCCCAGCUCGACAUAAGUUGCUGGGUUAUUAACUGUUAUGCUACAGACAUUUUUUACUUUUUUAAGACAAUACUUUAGAUUCUUAAUCAAAAUUUUUACCAAGCAUUUUAGAACAGCAACAUAAAAUUCUAGGGAAAUAACAAAUGAUACUUCAUUUUAUUUGGUACAAUCUGUUCGUACAAAUAUUUUUAAAAAAUCAUGUAUACUUAUGUUUAUGCGAUUAUUUAAAUCAAUGUUUGUGAUCUACGUCACCAGAAGCUUAAAAAUAAUUCAAUUUUAUUUCUUGAAAUUUGGGAUUUUCAUGUACCCAGAAAAGUAUUAGUUUAAAUUCAGAAAUUAGUAAAGUCUAUAAAACUGGAAAAGAAUCUUAAUGAAAAUUAGGUAUUUAUGUAUGAUUAUAUAUUAAAUUCACAACAAAUUUUGCCUUAUCAAUCCAAUAUUUAAAAGACAUAAUAUUGUUUUGGUGAAUUUUCAGCUGUUGCUACAUAGUUUAUAAUAUUAAAACAAAGUAAAUGGACACUAUGUCAUUUUAGAGAUUCAUUUUAUCACUAUUCAUUUACUUAAUCUCAUAUUUUAUACUAAAGUAUGACCUUUUUUUUAAAAAGCACUGAAAGAAGACUCUUCACAAACCUCAUGAAAAUUUAUAUCUUAAAAGAUUAUUUUUAGAAAAUAAAAAAACAUUAAAAAACUUCUUAUAAAUUUUUUAACAGUUUAAUCUAUUAGUUUUUUAACUUUAAAUGAUGUUUAAAUUACACAUCAAAAUAACUGGAUAAAAUUUUAUUUAUGUAAAGAUUUAACCAUUCCUUUUUACAUAUCAGACACUAAUAAAUGGUUUAUGUUAAAAAAACAAUUAUUAUUUAAUAAAUAGUAAAAAAUGGCAAAUUCUGUUAGAUGCAGAUACUAAAUAAGGCUGAAUAGAAAGAAAAUAAAAAUAUCUUCUUAUAAAGCUUAUUUCUAAUCCAAAAAUCAAGAAAUCAUCAUAUUUAAUAUAAAAAUUAAUACAAGAUUUACUUAUAAAUGUCGCUUGUUUAAAAUUUGCAACAACAAAAAAUACUGUUCCCUUUCCCCUUGUAGUACGUGAUAUUACAUAAAUGUGAUUAAAUUCAGAAAUUCCUUGGGCCACUUUUAGCCAAGAAAUGGCAGCAUAUGAGACACAUAUCUGAGUUGAAGACAUUCUCAUUUUUGUCAGGUAAAUAAGAAUAAAAGGAGAUGUUCUUCUU